AUGAAGUAUGAGGAUGACUUCAGCAGUGAAAAUGAGAAAAAACUGGGAUCCAUAGUGGAGAGAAUGCACGGGGUUGAUAUCUUUGUGAUAAAGGACUAUCCGAUAUGUACAAGGCCCUUCUAUACAUACAGAGAUGAGGAGAAGGGAGUGACAAGGUCGUAUGACUUCAUUCUCAGAGGAGAAGAGAUUCUGUCUGGGGCACAGCGAGUCAAUGUUUACAAGGACCUGGUCAGAUAUGUUGAGGAGCACGGGAUAUCUCCAUCUUCUCUUGGAGGAUACUUGGAGUCAUUCAGGUAUGGAGCGCCUCCGCAUGGGGGGUGUGGAAUUGGGCUUGAAAGGCUGAUGAAGGCAUACUUUGGAAUGGGAGACAUAAGACGCUUCUCGCUGUUUCCCAGGGAUCCCAAUAGGCUCUAUCCUUAA